AUACGUGCGUUUCUUCCCUCGCUAUUGCAAACUUCUUUUUGUAUCAAAAUUCUAAUGAAGAGGUUUUGGAUUCAAAACGCAUUUCUUCCUCUGCUUCUCUUCAUUUGUUUGGCUUCAUCUCAAAACGGCGACGUUUAUGAAGGCUCUGAAUCCGAUCAUACACGGGUUAGGAUCCGGGUCGGGUUGGUUUUGGAUAUGGGUUCUCUGGAGGGAAAAACGGUGGGAAGCUCUGUUACAACGGCGCUUUCGGAUUUCUACGCCGUUAACAGUGAUUACAAAACAAGAGUCUCUCUCUCGAUCAGAAACUCUCACGGAGAGCCUCUCCUGGCUCUCGCUUCUGCUGUAGAUCUGCUGCAAUCCGAAGGAGUGGAGGCGAUCGUCACCGGCGGGAGGUCGUUGCUGGAGACGAAGCUUGUGGCGGAGAUCGGGGAGAAAGCUAGGGUUCCUGUGAUCUCAAUCAACUCUCCGAUCUCGCCGUCGCUGAGCAGAUACAUCCACUUGAUCCAAGCCGCGCAUGAUUCUUCCUCCGAGGCGAAGGGGAUAAGAGCUUUCAUCCAUGAGUACGAUUGGAAGAGUGUUGCUCUUGUUUACGAGGAUGAUGACGACGAUGACUGGAGAGAGAGUAUGCAACUUCUCGUGGAUCAUUUUGAUGAGAACGGCGUUGGUGUGGAAUCCAAGGUUGGUUUAACAGUGUUGUAUUCAACCGAGGAAAUGGUUAUGGAUCGGUUAGGGAAGAUGAAGGAGUUGGGGACGAGUGUGUUCGUUGUGCACAUGUCUGAGGUUAUUGCUACUCGUCUCUUCACAUGCGCUGAGAGAUUGGGGAUGAUGGGUGAAGGUUUCGCUUGGAUCCUCACUGCUAAAACCAUGAGCAGUCUCCAUGGGAAAGAGGCAAUGGAAGGUGUGGUUGGUUUCAAGACGUACAUUCCAAUGUCAAGAGAGCUUCAGAACUUCACUUUGAGACUGAGGAAAUCACUAGGGAAUGAAGAAGAUGUUCAGUUGAGCUUGAGCAUCUCUAGUGUAUGGGCUCAUGAUGUAGCUUGGGCACUGGCGAGAUCAGCGGAGAUGGUGAAUGCUUCGUCAACUCUCCUCGAGGCUAUCACAGAGUGUAGGUUCAAGGGGUUGAGUGGUGACUUCCAAGUGAAGGAUAAGAUGUUCUUGUCACACAAGUUUGAGAUUGUGAAUUUGUUGGAAUCAGGUGAGAGGAGAAUAGGGUUCUGGAGUUCUAAUGGUGGUUUCAGCAGUAGAAGACAUCAUAACAAGCUGGAAGAGACCAUAAUCUGGCCUGGCGGGUCUGCUCAAGCUCCGAGAGGGCGGGUUCUAGGAGAAAUCAAAAGGAGAAAGCUGAGGGUUUUGGUUACAUCUAGCAAUAGAUUCCCAAAACUGAUUGAGGUGGAGACUGAUUCAGCAACAAACAUUACAACUGUGAAAGGGUUCUGUAUAGAAGUCUUCCGGGCUGCCAUUGCACCUUUCAACUGUGAUUUGGAGUUCAUACCUUGGCGCAAUGGGAGUGACUACGACGAACUUGCAUAUAGACUUUCUAUUCAGAAAGACAAAUAUGAUGCAGCGGUGGGAGAUAUUACAAUCACUGCCAAUAGAUCAAUGUAUGUUGAUUUUACAAUGCCAUUCACCGAGAUGGGUCUUGGAAUAGUAGCACCAAAGGAGAGUAGUAUGUGGGUGUUCUUACAGCCUCUAACACGAGACCUUUGGAUAACAAGUGCAGCUUUCUUUGUCUUGACGGGCUUUAUAGUUUGGUUGAUAGAAAGACCUGAUAACAAGGAGUUCCAAGGUUCUUGGCCGAAACAGAUCGGAGUUAUUUUUUGGUUUGGUUUCUCUACCCUUGUUUACGCGCAUAGGGAGAAACUACAACACAACUUAUCAAGAUUUGUAGUUACAGUAUGGGUGUUUGCAGUGCUCAUAUUGACUACAAGCUAUACUGCAACUUUGACAUCAAUGAUGACGGUGCAACAGAUACGAUUCAACUCUAAUGAAGAUUCUGUGGGGCAUCUUUCCGGCUCCCUCAUUGCAAAUAUGUCCCUAACCAAUUCCAGAUUCCAACCAACAAACACCAAGGGUCUCAAUUCUUCUAGAGAAUAUGCUCAAGCCUUGUUGGACAAUUCCGUCUCAUUUAUUGUCGAUGAGUUGCCAUACCUCAAAAUCCUCCUUGGAGAGAAUCCUGCAAAGUUUGCCAUGGUCAAGGCACAUUAUAACACCAUUGGUUUCGGCUUUAUGUUUCAGAAGGGAGACGAACUGGUGCCUCUUGUGUCUAGGGAAAUCUUGUGCCUAAGGGCGACCGAUAAAAUAACUGAGAUGGAGAAAAGAUGGUUUGAGAAUCCACUUCCAUACACAGCAGAUGAUACAUCAAAUCCUUUAACUCUUUACAUGUUCCGCGGAUUGUUUAUGAUCACUGGAGUUUCUUCAGCUUUGGCUCUUGCACUACUUCUCGUUCUCUGGCUCCGAGACAAUUUGGACGAUCUGAUGAAUUCAGCCAACAUAUUCCUCUCGCGACGACUUGCACAUUUUGGGAUCUUCUUCGCGAGAACUAUCCAUCCCUACCCCCUUGAUGACGAGAAUGCCGUUCAGAUGGCUCAACGUGUAACUGAAGAUAAGAACUGAUUCAAAGAUAGCAAUAUGAUCAUUACCAUAUAUGUAAAUGCAAUUUUUUUAAUGCAAGUGAAGUAGAU